GCGCGCUCGUCACCCCAGUCCGUGUUGUUAAGUGCUAGGUGACUGCCGUGCACCAGUACUCAUUCCAAAAGCACUAUCCGUCUAGGCCUGGGCCAGUAGCCUAGUACAGUAUCAGAGAGCUCAAGAUACAAGACAGUCGACGAACUGGGAAAUCGAGAGGUACUGGGCCUCAAAGUGUGAAAUGGCCGCAAAUGAAGGCGAUAAAGCCGACGCUGUGCCAAUAGUUCCAGUGGGAUUAGAGGCUGUGUAUACUGCGUGUAGGAAUCUUUAUCCUGAUCAGCCGAAUCCGUUGCAAGUCACCGCCGUUUUGAAGUUUUGGCUUGGGGGUCCCGACCCAUUGGACUACAUCAGUAUGUACAGCAACCCAGGCCUGCUAGAGAGAGGGAUUCCCCCUCACUGGCAUUACGUCAGCUUUGGACUCUCGGACCUCUACGGUGAUGGACGAGUCCAUGAGUUCACGGGCCCCGACACUCCAAGUGGCUUUGGCUUUGAGCUGACCUUCCGACUGAAAAGGGAGCCAACAGAAACAGCGCCCCCUACCUGGCCUGCCCAACUCAUGCAAGGCCUUGCCAAAUAUGUCUUCCAAUCAGAUAACACCUUGUGUGCAGGGGACCACGUGUCGUGGCACAGUCCACUAGACAACAGCGAGUCUCGGGUCCAGCACAUGCUCAUGUCCGAAGACGCUCAGCUCCAACCCAUCGCUACUCCACUGGGGAUGGUCAACUUCGUCCAGAUUGUUGGUGUGUGCACUGAGGAAUUGCAGGCAGCCCAGAGGUGGAAUGGUCCAUCCAUCUUGGAACUCCUGAAGUCCUGUCAGGUGGCUGGGGGGGAGUGGCUGAUCACAGACAUGCGGAGAGGGGAGACCAUCUUUGAACUGAACCCCCACCUGCAGGAUGAGGUGGAGCGGGGCAUCGACAUGGACGGCUCCAACCUGAGUGGGGUCAGCGCCCGCUGCUCCUGGCAGGAGCCCGAUGACCUGGAGGUGUCUGGGGAUGAGAAGCCACUGUCGCAGAGAAUCUCCCCGCAGCAGUCAGAACAGAUCAAAGCCGCCCUCAAGAAGGGUCUAGCCAGUGAGCGUCCAGCCCUGCCGCCCAUCUCCAACCCGCAGGCCGGCAAGCCCCCCGCCAACCCACCGUACCUACAGUCCCAACGGCAGUCGUCACUGGACAGCGACAGUGAUCCCCAGGGCAACCUCGUGGAGCUGGGCAACCCACGCUGCCUGGAGCGGGUCCACAUCAGGCUGAACCAUGAAGCUGCCGCACUGCUGCCUUUGUCUAUGAAGGGUCGUUUAAGACACGGCCGCCACUUUACUUUCAAGAGCGUCUCGGGAGAUUGUGCAAUAACACUGGUGUCCAAUGGCGUGGAAGGCGCCUUUGUGGAAGAGUCCCAUCCUUAUGCCGCCAGGGGACAGUGGCUACAGGUGUUGUUCACCAGUGACUUCAUCAACUUGCUGGAGGAGGAACUUGAUGAGCUGUCAGCUUCUGAACAGAUCGACCUUCCAAAAACGUACCAGUGGCCAGAGAAGGGAUUGUUCAUCACUAUCACGCCCAACGACUGAGCCGCGCAGUGCCUUCAACUCAACGCCGCUGACCAACUCUGCCAAACAACAGCUAAGUAACACAGUCACCUGAUCUCUGUAUACUGACUGGACCGAGGGCUGGAAGUCACCAGGCGCCAUCUUUUGGAGGCCCAACUUUGCUCACAUGCCUUACAAAAACUGAGCUGAAGACUCAGGAUCAGUUUACAGGGCAGUAUCUUUGGAGGCCCAAAUAAUGGAGCUGAGGAGGCCUCAUUUGUUUGUGCACAGUGAUAUAGCGCGCACUAUCCAGUCAGUACAUAGACGUCAGUGUGGUCAUUGUGUUAAAGUAUCUUUGUCUUUGAUAGUACCAUAGUAUUAAGGGCCUGUACAAAUAAUUCUUGCUUUUGAGAACAAGCUCUGUUCACUGAACACAGGUAUAUGAAGUGUACCUGAUCUCCAUUCGGCUAUAGAGCACCAAGAUUCAAAGAAACACUCACAAACACCUCAUCCGUCCUGGCCCAGAAAACCCUACAAAAUUUAGACGUUUGUUAAACAAUGUUCACUGAUGCUUCCACACUUGCGGCGGUACUUAAAUUAUUUAUUUACAUUGUAACUAGGUUUUGUUUGAAAUGCAUGUGUAUCAUUGAAAAUCUUUUGACCAGUCCGUAAGUCUAUGUAUGUUUAUACCAUUAGUGGAUGUACUUUGGUUUAGCAGAGUUUGAUGCAUAACAUAGUGAAAUUGUGCAUGGCAUAAAUGAAUUUGGCCCGAGUUGAACAAGUUCAUGUCAUGCAAGGCGUAAACUGAACGGCAAUUUACUGCAAGAAAAAAUAUCACACUGCGUACUGUACGUACCAAGAAGUAUGGACCCGUUUAAAUCAGCCAUGCUGUGGCAAUUUCACAUUGGCAUCACCACAACUUGUUUUUUUUCCUGUUAUGUAAAUAUCAGAAAAAUUGUUAUUCUGUAAUAUCGACAUAUAGAUAUGAAUAUGUAUUUAAUUCUAAUUUAUUGCAUGUGGCACAUCACUCGAGUCCGUUGUGGGGAAGGAGGAGUUGAAAUUUGUGGCAAAUUCCUUUGGAGGAUCAUCAUGCUCCUUCUUGGGCUGCCAUCAGACCAAAGAUUGUUUUACCGUCACCUUGAAAUUUAAGAACUUUAUCCCUUUUGGACAGAGCAGCAGUGCUCGUAGGAAAGGCUAAUUUUGUUCUUGCUUCAGAAACCUUUCAAAUGGGGUAUAAAUGGUGUUGGGGUAAGUGGCGUUAUAUUUCAGGCCUGGUUGCCUUGGUGGCCGCUGUUCACAAUUUUCCACUCCAGUGCUUUCGCCUCGUCGUGUACAUAAUAAUUACAUUUAUUGCCCACAAUUGGGGGGGCGCAAAAGGCUCACUCGAGCUCAAAUA